AUGGAUAGUGGAAAUGAGGCGGCCCGCAGGUCGGGAAGAAUCCCAAUCCACUUGCUUUUGACCACUGAAGUUGCUGCGCCCAGCCAGCAGCAGGAAGCAGCGACCAGCAUCCCUCCGAAAGAUCCACCCAUCUCUUCACCACUGCCGAUGUCAGCUGCCCAGUCGAGUCAGGCGAGAAGUGAGCUCGCGUAUACGGAGUACACUCCUCUGCAACCACGCCCUUACUCCGGAGACACCGCCCGUGCUGAUGCGGCGAGCACGAGUCCUCCCUGGUCCCCCACCGACCCCAUGAGCAGGAGACCCCGGGCCCCUCGACCAUUGUACAGUGAAGAGCAAAAGUUCUUCAUCAUGUACGCGCGCAUCAUGCGGGAUCAGAGCUGGCCCGAGAUCGAAGACCGGUUCGCCGAAAUCUUUGGCCAGCGUUCCAAGGGAGGUUUGACGUCGGUCUACUACCGCGCGAGAAAGGACUGGGGCCUCGCGGAGGUGUUGAAGAGCGGACCGGGCACCUUCUCUGCUGACUGUCGCGAGGUGGAGCUUCGGGCCGGGAAUUUCUCCAGGGCCUUUCUCAUUCAAAUCGGUUACCUCCCACCGAGCAGUUGA